GCGCCGCCGAGCGCGCGUGCGGCGGAGGCGGUGAAGACCGCGCGGACGGCGAUCCUCUCGCGGGCGCGCCGCGCGCUCAACGCUGUGCUCCCCGCGCUGGGCGUGCAGACCCGGGGCGGGUACGCCCGUCUGCGGGGGCGGAACUAGCCUUUGGGCGUGCGCGCUUGCUGUGGUGUCUGCGCGACUGUGGCUGUGUCGUUGGGCGCGCAUGGACCUUGCGUCUCUGCUGGGACGGUGUCGUCGAUCGCUGCGAACGGUGCCCGUGCCCGUCGCCCCGUCGCACGCGCCCGCUGAGCUGAGUGCUCAGGCUCCCGUUCGACCACGACUGCGAAAAGCUGUAUCGUUGAUUCUGCUGCUGUGCUACGACUACUGCCGGGGUCCCGUCCGUAUGGAACGCGAGGCAGAUCCCCUUCCCCGCGGACACGGUGUACAACUGUGGUGUAAAUUAACCUACUUACUGUAUACUAGGGCAGAAUGCGUUUAUAUGAUCACAGAGGCGUGCUAAUUGACAGACGUCCGACCGCCAGGCGUCGGGAAGACGGGAAGACACUGCAGCUGUGGACACCGUGCAGCCCGCCGCCGAAGCAACGCGAUGAUCCACCGCUCAGAUGGAUCGUGAAGCAUCCAGGACGCCGGUGCGACCGCAUGCGGAUGGUUCCUCGCCCGUCUGGGUCCGGCGCCGCCGUCAGGACACGGACGGCUGAGCGGGGCCCAUCUGUUGGUCUGGAGGACGCGUCGCGGGGAAGCGCGGCCGCUCGUCGUGUCCGGGGUCGUCUUACCGUCAGUCACGGUCGACGCGACGGCGCGGAUCCGCCUGGCAGGCCGAAGCCUAAAUGCGCUUCAGAAGGAGGAGGAGGCCUCGGGCCCGCCCCGACGUCGUGAUGUCAUGGAAUCCCGCCGCGCGCACUUCCUGCCAUCGCUCGGCGCUGUUCAAUGGUCUGGAGGACGGGUCGCGGAGAAGCGGGUCUGAUCGUUCGUCAAGUGUCA